ACCACACUAUCGUCCGGGAAUCGAACUACCUCCAGAGCUGCUGCAUCAAAAGCGCGGAAUAAAAUGCAGACGAUCGACCUCAGUGAUUGAUUGUCGACAUUUUUCUCUGCUGUUGUAUGACGUCAUUACAUACGGCGAUUGCCGUUCUCGAUGUUAGCUUGAAUCUCCCGAUCUCCAAUCGUUGUCGAGAAAUGCCUGUGUCACCAGAAGUAAUAGAGGAGACUUUAAAGAGGUCACUGAAUAUAAUUCAUCUCAGCAUCACAGACACAUCGUCGGGUUGUGGUCAGAACUACGAGGUCCUGAUCGUUAGUGAUGAUUUUGAAGGCAAGAAGACGUUGGAACGCCACAAAUUGGUGAAUGAGAUCCUGAAGGAUGUUGUAGCCCAGUUGCACGCGUUCUCUCAGAAAUCAUUAACCCUAAAACAAUACGAAGCCCAGAGAGCCAAAGGUUUAAUUGCUUGAGUGGACUAUAUAAGAACGCUCAUUUGCAGAAUUCGGAGAUGGCCUAUAUGAAACACUAUUUUAAGCGACGCUGAAGUUGUUUUGAUAGUCGAUG